GUUCUUGCGCCCAGCUGACCACGCCCCUAGUUAAACGAAGCACUGAGAGGUGCGCUCCAGCUGACACGAUGGACACUUUAUGACUCGACGGAAAGAUGUGCACUGCGUUUCAAAAUUCUAACAUUACCUUUAAUGAACCGGAUGAUUUGAUCACGCAGCUGAGAGCCGCUCAUCACCCGCGCCUGUACGGCACUGCCGGCUGUGAGACAUGGAGCGUCCGCUUCUCCCCUGGAGGAUCAUAUUUUGCCUGGUCCAUGGGCUACGGCAUUGUCAAAAUCCUCUCCUGGCCAGUGACACCCAAAGAUGCUAAAGAUGCAAACAGUGAGGAGGAGAAGACGCUUAAUUGCAAACAGACAGUGUGGGCUUUGGCGUUUGGACCCUGCCCGUCCAACCGUGUGCACGAUUUUCAUCAGAACAGACAUAAACAUGAGCUGCUUCUGGCUACUGGUCUAAACAAUGGUGCCAUUCAAGUGUGGGUCGUCUCAACUGGAAAUCUGCUGUUUACUCUGACUGGACAUCAGGCUCUUGUCAGAGAUUUGGUCUUUGCUCCAAAUGGAAGUCUCACUCUUGUGUCAGCCUCCAGAGACAAAACUUUAAGGAUAUGGGACUUAGCAAAGAAAGGUGCAGGAGCCAAUCUGCAUGUGCUGAAGGGUCCAGAAUACUGGGUAUUCAGAUGUUCCAUAUCACCUGACAGCAGUGUGAUUGCCUCAGUCUGCAACCUGGACUCUAAAAUCUAUUUGUGGAGCCUGCGGUCUUAUACCUUUAUGAGACACCUUAUAUAUGACCACGAACGCACUAUGGUAUCAUGUGACUUUUCUCAAGAUGGAGCGCUGCUCGCAGUCGCUUCGUACCAUUCUACUACAGGCUGGUGGCUGGAUCUGUGGGACCCCUACACAGCCGCUGUUCUGACUAGAGUACAAGACUGUGAAAUGUGUGCAUACAGAAGUGACAAUCUACUGACGUCUUUGAAUUUUUCUCCUGUUGGCUUGCUGCUGGCUUUCAAAGACUACAGGGCGUUACACAUCUGGGAUGUGGAACAAGAUAAACUAGUCACAGAGACAGAUCUCAACCGCAGCGGUGGGGUGUGCUGUUCUUUCCAUCCACAUGGGGGCGUCAUUGCUACAGGGUGCAGAGAUGGACAUGUAAAAUUCUGGCGAGUCCCUCAUCUUGUUCCGAGCCUCCGGCAUUUGUGCCGGGUCGCCCUGAGAUACUCCAUCUCAACCUAUCAGGUGGAGGCUCUUCCCUUGCCGAAGAAAAUUCUGGAAUUCCUUACAUAUAGGGACAUUCCAAAGCAAAAGAGCUUGUAUUGUAAAGAGCACUGCAGCUGAGAAAUGUUUGUGGCUCCCAAAAAUGACAGGCUUCAAAUCGUAACAUACUGUAAUUUUGCAAGGAUGCCUAAAUUGUAGUCAAUUAUGUGUUUGAAAAAAGGGACACUAAAUUAUUAAAUCAUACUUCAAAUAUUUAUUCAAAGACUUUAUUUUUUACAUAACUUGUUUUGAAAUGUUGCAUAUUUUCCCCAAAGCACUGAACCAAGAUUUAUUUCAAGCAUAAAAAAACAAUACAGGAUUUCAGAGCACAGAUAUUUUUUUUAAUAUGUCAAAACCAUUGUCAAAACUGACCAAUAAAGAACUUCCUCUUCUCAUG